ACUGCGUCGCAUCCGCGACAUUUCUUCCUCUGCUCUGCUAUUUCUUCGCAGAUUACGCGGGAGAUAUGUCCACAUUGUCAUCGAAAGAGAACGUGCCCUUGCUUCGCACUGCUACGCAGACGUUCAAGAACGCUAUGGAGAGCCAACCGUUAGCCAAGCGGAGGAAACUCGCUGAGAAAGGCUCCUCGUUCAGCGGCUCUCAACAAACGCAACAGCCCUCAUUUGCAGAUGUCCUUGAGCGGUUGAAAGAGGAGGCGGGCGAAUCGAAGGACGCUGAGGGAGGUGCAGAUUGCUGGGCAAGAGCGACUCUGCCGCCUCUUGAUGAGACGAAGGACAGCAUUAUAUUCCAGCAGAUCGAUAUUGAAGAAGCAAUUGACCAAGGGAGCGGAAACCUUGGUCUCAGGAUGUACGGUGUGACUGAAGCUGGACACAGCGUACUGGCAAUCAUCACAGACUUUCAGCCCUAUUUCUAUAUACCCGCCCCUCGUGGCUUUGCGGAGAGUGAUACCUGGUCCUUUGAACAAUACCUGAACAACGCUGGAAAUGGUGGCGCGGUUAGAAGCGUCGAGUUCGUCAAGCGCCGCAGUUUAUGGGGGUACAGAGGUGAUGACUGGGUGAUCUUCCUCAAAAUUACUGUCGUCGACCAACGCAGUCUGCCGAGAAUACGAGGCAUCUUCGAGCGAGGAGAAUGCAACUUCCGCGACCUCUUCCCUGGGUCAGUCAACACGUAUGAGAGCAACAUUGCCUACACCCUCCGAUUCAUGAUUGAUACUAAGGUAGUGGGGAUGAACUGGAUCGAGAUCCGGCCGUGCAACUACCAGCUGGUGGAACCGAGCAAGAAGAAGUCCCAUUGUCAAAUAGAGCUGAUUGUCAGAUGGGACAAAUUCAUCUCACAUUCGCCAGAGGGACAGUGGUCGCACAUCGCGCCAUUGCGCAUACUCAGCUUUGAUAUCGAAUGUGCUGGCCGUAAAGGCAUAUUCCCUGAGGCGAAUGUCGACCCUGUCAUCCAGAUCGCGAACAUGGUCACGCGGCAGGGCGAAAGCAAGCCGUUCAUCCGCAAUGUCUUUACUCUCAAUUCUUGUGCGAACAUUGUCGGUUCGCAGGUUUUAUCCUUCGACGACGAAGCAAAACUACUGCUUUCUUGGCAGAAGUUCGUAGAGGAAGUCGAUCCGGACGUCGUUAUCGGAUAUAACAUUGCAAACUUUGAUUUACCAUAUCUACUCGACCGAGCAAAAGCCCUCAAGGCGGAUAAAUUCCCGUUUUUAGGACGCUUGAGAGGUGUGAGAUCACAGACAAAGGAAACGCACUUCUCGUCAAAGGCGUUUGGCCAACGCGAUUCGAAAGACACCGCACUGGACGGCAGACUGCAAGUCGAUAUCCUGCAGUACAUGCAGCGCGAACACAAGCUACGCAGCUACACGCUCAAUUCCGUCUGUGCGCGAUUCCUCGGCGAGCAGAAAGAAGACGUUCACCACUCGGUUAUCACAUUUCUGCAAAAUGGCGGGCCGGAGUCGCGACGCCGACUGGCGGUGUAUUGUCUGAAGGAUGCGUAUUUGCCGCAGAGGCUGAUGGACAAGCUGAUGUGCUUCGUCAAUUAUACGGAGAUGGCCCGCGUGACGGGGGUGCCGUUCAACUAUUUGCUGUCGCGAGGGCAGUCGAUUAAGGUGUUAUCGCAGCUGUUCCGGAAAGCGAACGAUGAUGGCUACAUCGUACCUGCGCUGAAGGGUGAAGGGUCGGAUGAGCAGUACGAAGGUGCUACCGUCAUUGAGCCCAAGAAGGGCUAUUACGAUGUGCCCAUCGCGACGCUGGACUUCAGCUCCCUGUAUCCAUCCAUUAUGAUGGCGCACAAUCUCUGCUAUACCACGCUGCUGGAGAAGUCCACUAUCGACAGGCUCAACCUCGUGAAGGAUGUAGACUACAUUCAGACGCCGAAUAACGAUUUCUUUGUCACAUCAUCGAAGCGAAAGGGUCUUCUUCCUACCAUCCUUGAGGAUCUCAUCGCUGCACGAAAGCGUGCGAAGGCUGAUCUGAAGAAAGAGACAGAUCCGUUCAAGCGUGCAGUGCUCGAUGGUCGACAAUUAGCGCUGAAGAUCAGUGCGAACUCUGUAUAUGGUUUCACGGGCGCCACUAUCGGCAAGCUGCCUUGUCUGCCUAUCUCGUCUAGUACCACAGCCUAUGGCCGUCAAAUGAUCGAGAAGACGAAACAGGAAGUAGAGGCAGAGUACUGCGUCGCUAACGGCCACUCGCACGACGCACAGAUCAUCUAUGGUGACACAGAUUCUGUCAUGGUCAAGUUCGGGCCUACCGAUCUGCCUACCGUGAUGGCAUUGGGAAGCCAGGCAGCAGAUUUCGUAACCGCAAAGUUUAUCAAACCGAUCAAGCUCGAGUUCGAGAAGGUGUAUUUCCCGUAUUUGCUGAUCAGCAAGAAGCGGUAUGCCGGCUUGUACUGGACUAGACCAGAUAAAUAUGACAAGAUGGACACAAAGGGUAUCGAGACUGUGCGACGGGACAAUUGCCGGCUUGUGUCGACGGUUAUUGAGACAUGUCUGCACAAGAUGCUCAUCGACCGCGAUGUCAAGGGUGCCGAGGAAUAUACCAAGCAGAUCAUCUCCGAUCUCCUACAGAACAAGGUUGACAUGUCUCAACUUGUGAUCACAAAGGCUCUUGCGAAGUCAGAUUACGCUGCAAAGCAAGCGCAUGUUGAGUUGGCGGAGCGCAUGAAGCAACGAGAUGCAGGUUCUGCCCCUGCUCUCGGUGACCGUGUGGCGUAUGUAAUCAUCAAGGGUGUGAAAGGUGCUGCGGCGUAUGAGAAGUCAGAGGAUCCCAUCUACGUCUUGGAGAACAACAUCCCUAUAGACACCAAGUACUAUCUCGAGAACCAACUUUCCAAUCCCUUGAUGAGGAUCUUCGAGCCCAUCCUCGGCGAAAAAGCGACGUCGCUCUUGUCUGGCGAACACACUCGCACAAUUCAAAUUGCCACUCCGACUGUCGGCGGUUUAAUGAAGUUUGCGGUGAAGACAGCGACGUGUAUGGGCUGCAAGACGCCGCUACGUGCGAACAACAGCAUCAAGGACGGCGCCGUAUGUAACAACUGCCGACCACGAAUUGGGGAGCUGUAUCAGAAGCAGGUCACAACGACAUCAGAAUUCCAAGUUCGCUUCUCCCGGCUCUGGACCCAAUGUCAGCGAUGUCAAGGCUCGUUGCAUCAGGAUGUCUUGUGCACGAGCAGGGACUGUCCUAUCUUCUACAUGCGCAAGAAGGCGCAGAAGGACGUCGAAGAUGCAAAUACCACCCUGGCACGCUUUGAUCAUGAACUUUGGUAAAUGGAUGGAAGGUCGACCCAUCAUAAGGAGUUGUAUCGAUAAUCUUGCGUAAUGUGUAUUUUUAGCCAUCCUGAUUCCUGACUGCAGUUCGCAUGUAUAUCGAGCUCUUUGUAAAUGCAGACCACGAGUGACUGCCUCAAGGAAUAAUGGGGCAGAAACGCCCCGCCAAUUGAACAAAUGCAAACAAA